CUUCAUAUUAGAAUGGAGUUUUUUAAUUCCGCCUUUGGGAAAAACAUUACUUUUGUGCGUCCUGCAUUUUUCAAAAUCAGUGGGUUUAUUGGCAUACCUGAUAUGAAUUAUUACUAUGUCUUUCUCCUUUUUGUCUUCCUGGCUUCAGUGCUGGGAAACACAGCUGUAAUGACAGUAAUUUGCUUGGAUCACAAUCUGAGGACGGCUAAAUAUGUGGCAGUUUUUAAUCUUGCCUUUGUGGAUUUGUUAGGGAACACAGUUCUUGUCCCGAAAGUCAUUGACAUCUUUUUGUUUAACCACUACUAUAUUUCCUACAAUGAUUGUAUUACACACAUGUUUUUCUGUUUCAUCUGCCUUGGAAUGCAGAGUCUUAACCUGGUUGCUCUCUGCUAUGAUCGCCUUAUUGCCAUCAUGUAUCCCCUGCAUUAUCAAGUCAGGGUGACACCCAAGAAAAUGCUUUCUUUAAUUGGUUCUUUUUGGUUGUUUGUGGUUUUUUGUUUUUUAAUUUUAGUAGGUCUUAUGACAAGAAUUUCUUUCUGUGAAUCUGUGGUUAUUAAUAGCUUCUAUUGUGACCAUGGCCCCAUGCACCGACUAGCAUGUAAUGAUGCAACUCCAAAUUUAGUAUAUGGAAAUCUAUUAAUAGCUCUGCUUCUGUGGGUUCCUCUACUAAUAAUUAUGUGUAGUUAUAUUUGCAUAGGCCGUACUCUGGCUAAGAUUUCCACAGCUAAAGAAAGAGUCAAAGCCUUUAAAACGUGCACAUCUCAUCUUUCAUUGGUGGCAAUUUAUUUCAUACCAAUUUUAAUCGUGUACAAUAUGAGAGCAAACAUACAUCCAAAUGCAAGAAUCAUAAACUUAUCUCUGACCGCCAUCUUUCCUCCCAUGUUAAACCCAAUAGUUUAUGUCCUGCAGACCCAAGAAAUAAGAACUUCUUUAAGAAAGAUUUUGAAAUGUAAAAAACAAUCCCAAAUUGCAUUGAAAUAAGUCUAAUUGUGUGUAAAGUCACUUUUGCUAAUGUCAUCUCCUGUAACUUAGCACAUUAUCCAAACUUUCUUUGUAAGAAUUUUGUGUGUCCAUUGGUUUGACUGUAUGUUUUAGAGACGGACAUUUUAACCUCUUUUGUCACGCUUUAUUGGGUUUGUAUAACCGUCAACACAUGUGCCCAUCCUCUUGUGAGCCACCGUUUGUCAGGAAACAUUGGAAAACUACUAGGUGCUGAAGUUCAGUUGUUAAUGCUGCUAAGUUCUACUGAUAACACUUUUCCACUUUUGCAACAAAUGUUUCCUUUCCAAAAUGUUUCACAGCAGUUAUUACAAAAGAAAACUGUACAUGUGAUUAUUUAAGUUCAUAUGUAACAAACAUGUUGAACAGAAAAUGUACUUUAGUGGAAAAUGACAAAAUGGUAAAAGUUGAACAAAAAUUAAAAUAAAAAAAA